CCCGUCAUGUUUGUUGUCCUGUUCUGUUUCCGGUGUGGACGCAGCCGCCGCUGUUUAUGGUUCCAAAAUGACCAAACUGGAGCUACUGAACGCCUACCUGACGGAGCGGCUGACGGUGGUGGUGAAGGAGAUACUGGGCGUGGUGGAGGACACGGUGACCGAGUACCGGGAGGAGACCGCGAGGACCAAGCGGGAGAACGAGAGCCUACGGAGCCAGCUGCGGGACAUCCUGCUGCUGGAGGCCGAGACGGAGUGGCUGAGGUCGACCCGGUCCAGUCUCGGCUUAGCGUCUCCGGAGCUGCGGCCCUGCGACCCGGAGCCGAGGCCGUGCCCCGAGGAGCCAGACUCCACCCUGAACCAGCCCAGGCAUCCAGCAGCCAGCGCAGCCCAGCCGGCCGUUUCUCUGCAGCUGCUGGUGCCCCAGAGGGACGUCUCCCCGGCGCCGCUGCUCCUGCCGGGGGACCAGAAGCCCGCCGAGGCCUGGGAGCCCGCUCUGAAGCCGGACGCUCCGGCCGAGGCGUUCGGGAACGCGUCGCCUCUUCCUUCUCACUCCUCCCUGAAUCCUCCCUGCGCCUCGGCGCCUAAAAUCCACAUUAAAGUUCCCGCGCUCAGCGAAGAGCCCCGGGCGCCGGCUCCUGCCGCUCUCAUCAAAAGAGAACCCGAGGAAUACAUAGUAAGCGAACGCGACAGCGGCACGGACUCUCUGACAGCGCCUGGCGCCACGCAGACGCAGCCAAGCGUCCGAAACAGGAUGGUGGUGGUGCGCGCAGAUCGCCACGAAGCUCGCCGAAACAGGAAGCCCCCUCAGGAGAUAGUGCCGCAGGACGACACCGCCGCCGCAGUGGCGGUGGCCGGUUACGUCCCCGAACUGGUGCACCGCUGCCCGCGCUGCGGCGAGGCAUUUGGCCACGCCGGCAACCUCCGCCUCCAUCUGGAGCAGAAGAGGAAAACGUACGCCUGCGACUGGUGCUGCAAGUCCUUUGCGCAGUCGGCCGACCUGCGGCGCCACCUGCGCACUCACACGGGCGAGCGACCGCACCGCUGCACCUUCUGCUCCAAGAGCUUCAGCCAGAGGGGGAACCUGCGGCGCCACCUGCGCAUCCACACGGGGGAGCGGCCGUACAGCUGCCCGCACUGCUGCCGCACGUUCAGUGACGGCGACACCAUGAAGAAGCACAAGCGCACGCACUCGGGGGAGAAGCCGUACCGCUGCGUGCGCUGCUCCAGGACCUUCACCAGCGCCGGCAGCCUGCAGAUACACAUCAAGAGGGACAUGUGCUUUGUGGCCAACGCCUGAUUGGUCCGUUUUUAAGAGAGGGAGAGAGAGCAGCAGGAAGUCCACGCACAAAGACAACCGCUCAGCAUAAACAAUGAAAACUAAUUUACAUUCCCGCUGACUUUUGCUGACAGUCUUUAAAGGGUAACUUCCAUUUUUUUUCAACCUGGACCCUAUUUUCCUAUGUUUUUGUGUCUAAGUGACUGACGACAUUGGUACAGUAUUAAGCGAGAGAAACAAGCUACAAUCUAAGUUAAUAGGACAAUUGUCCAGCUGUAUUUACAUUCACUAAAGUGCUGGUUUUGCCACUGACAGGGUCAGAUUAAUAUUCUAAGUGUCUGACAACAUUAUGGAAAGGAUUUCUAAAGAGGUCGACCUUUCUGUUAAAGAGGAAGAU